UCUGACCUCCAGUUGCUAAACCUGGCCUGUGACCCGAUUACUCUUAGCCUGCUGCCCUGUACCGUCUGCUUCCGCUGUUACCGACCUAGCCUGUCAGACUUCGCUGUUCCUGCUCGGAUCCAUCCAGCCUGCACGGGUCUGCUCCGCCUCUUCACAACAGGCUCAUACCCGCUACAUACCACUGGCAAUUAUCUCUACCACAGCUGGGUGGUACUCGGUGGACGCGACCUGGUCUCAGUCUGCUCCAAGUCCAUCCCCACCAUCAGGGGCUCUGGUGAAUAAGCAGUCUGGGGCUUAGACUCCGCGCCCUGGGGAAUCCCGGUCUGUGGGUCUCUAGAGCCCUCGUCAGCUGGUACUUGACA